AUGUAUGGUAAAUUAAGGGGAAGGGUAGGGUAGAUUUUCUAUUUUGUGUCAUUGUAUCUUUACAUCGUGCGAGUUACGUCACUUUUUUUUUAAAUUUCAAAAUUAAAAAAAAUCAAUAAUCAAUAUUUGCAGGACGUCAUAUCAGCAAAACUGUGGUCCCAAAACGUGUCCCCACCCCUUCAAAAUACGAUUGGUUUCAAUUUCUCAACGUCCUUUGGUCUCGGCCUGAACGACGCAUUUUGGGCACAGCGACAACCCUGUUCUGCAUGCAGCAACACCAACCGACCGGUCGAUCUGCCGCCGAAACACAAAAGGGAUUCGGCUCAACGACAGGCCAGGAAGAGGAGGCUCCACGCUACAGAUUCCUCGGCUACCGCAACAAACGACGAAAAGGAACGGCACCGUGCUCGGGACAUUGAAGGUAGGGUUUGGCUUAAGGUGGUUUUUGGGUGGGGGGGGUGGGAAUAAUUAUAUGUACGUUUUUUUUUAGGUUGGGGAGGGGAUGGAAGAAGACUAGGGGUGUGGCGGGAGUAGAGUAAGGGUAAAUUUGAUAUAGGGAGGGCAGCUUAGAGGUUAAAUUUUUAUAAGGCGGGGCAGAAAGCAUACUGUAGAAUGUGAUACGGUAAGGUGGGAUAGAGUAGAGUAGGGCAUAUUAAUGUAGGGUAGGGUAGGGUAGGGUAGGGUAGAGUAGGGUAGGGUACGGUAGGGUAGGGUAGGGUAGGGAAGGGUAGGGUAGGGUAGGGUAGGGUAGGGUAGGGUAGGGUAGGGUAGGGUAGGGUAGGUUAGGGUAGGGUAGGGUAGGGUAGGGUAGGGUAGGGUAGGGUAGGGUAAGGUACGGUACGGUAGAGUAGGGUAGGGUAGGGGUAGGGUAGGGUAGGGUAGGGUAGGGUAGGGUGAGGUACGGUACAUCAUGAUAGGGCAGUUCGGAGUUACAGAGGGUACGGUAAGAGACGAAAGUUUAAAUUUUAGACUAGGCUAGGCUUAGAAACCUAUUUUUUUUAAAUUUAAAAUUUUAGGUAACAAACAUUCAAGAAGAACAUCUUCUCCCUCCUUCAACUGUUUCAAUACCUCACUGAGCGUCAGGAGAGCUUCAGUAUCGACCGUACCGGAUUCUGAAGAGGAUUCCGACCUCGAAGUCAUGGCUUCACCGGUGGAAACCCUGGAGCUACGGACCUAUUUCCAGAAUCCAAACGAUCAUCAAAGGAAUCAAGGCCUCAGGAAACAAUUCGCUUCCAUUUUACAUGCCAACAAAUGCCUCAAGCAAAAACAGGUAGGAACUUUGUUUACAGGGGUAAAAUGGCAAGAACUUUCUUUACUAAACAAAAAAUGGCAAGAACUUUCUUUACAAAGCUUUAAAUUCGUAUUGUGUAGUACUAUUAGUACCACUGCCCCUCUUUUCAGGACAAUAUGUGUUCUCUUACCAUUUGCCCUCAAUGGAAAGUAGUGAUAAUGCACUACAAUCAAUGCACUGAUGGAUUGGAAUGCACUUUUGAUAAUUGUGCGACCUCACGGGUACUUCUACAACAUUUUGAAGCUUGUAUUCUGGAUGAUUGCGGAUUCUGUGCACCGCUGAAGCAGCAAAAGCCUCAAGGUAAGAGAGAUUUUUUGGAAAAAUGGUCGAAAAAUUUGUUUUUUUAAUGAUAAAUGGCAAAAACUUUAUUUACAAAAGCUAAUAUUGCAAAAACUUUCUUUACAAAACGUAAAAUGGCAAAAACUUUCGUUACAAAACAGAAAAUGGCAAGAACUUUCUUUACAAAACCUCAAAAACCAAAACUUGUUACUCAUCGUAUAACUUGUCACCCGCAGGCUGCAAAACCUUCAAAUCAAAUUUUUCUGUAUAAAAAUGGCAAGAACUUUCUUUACAAAUAUAAAAUGGCAAGAACUUUCUUUACAACGCUAAAUAGCAAAAACUUUCUUUACAAGGCUUUAAAUGGCAAGAACUUUCUUUACAAUACAAAAGAUGGCAAAAACUUUAUUUACAAGGCAAAAAAUGGUAGAAACUUUCUUUACAAGGCUUUAAACGGCAAUAACGUUUUGUUCAAAGCACAAAAUUGCAAGAAUUUGCUUUACAAAACGAAAAAUUGCAAGAACUUUCUUUACAAAUCUAAAAACUACAAGAACUUUUUUUACAAAAUUUAAAAAACGUCACUUCUAGGCCGUCGCGACACAAUGUCAUCAACCCACUCCUUCUUCGUCCAAUCCCCCGGUAACAACUGCUCCAUCGAACAAACCUCGAUCUCAUACACAGGCAUGUCUCACGCCUCCCAAGCCUACUUCAGGCGGUGGGGGGAGUGGAAUGAAACCUGUGUUCAAACUCCAAAUACCACACAUUACUACUCGACUACUCACAUGUCAAUCACUAAUGUGGUUGAGGAUGGCACCAGUCAAGAGGUACCAAUGGAGACAGUGUGCCAAACCGAGAGGAUCCAGAGAGAACUGAUCGUCAUGCUACAUGUUCAGAAGUGCGCGGAUAUUGAUGCGGUAAGUUGGAGGGGGGGUUGGUUGAAAAAUAGCAGUUUUUGAAAAAAAUUUUAAAUCAAAAAAAAAUCAAAAAAUUUGUAUUUAAAAAAAAUAAAAAAAAAUUUUUAAAACAAUUUAAAAAAAAGUGCAACUUCCGUAUUUUAGGAAAUAGAACAACCACGAAAAGAUAUAAUGUGUGCCGUUCCUCACUGUUCUCGCAUGAAAAGAACGUUGAUACAUGUGGCAAUGUGCCGUGGAGAUGAAUGCCAAUUUCCCGAAUGUAAUGUGACUAGAUCGAUUAUCGACCAUUGGCUAACUUGUCGAAAAGAGAGCUGCGAAGUUUGUGCUCCUGUCUUGAAGUUUAUGCGUAAGUUGAGGGGUUGGAAAGAAAGUUAUUGCGGUUUUGAGAUUUAUAAAGAAAGUUUUUGUCAUUUUUUGCUUUGGAAAGAAAGUUCUUGUUAUUUCUUGUUUUGUAAAGAAAGUUCUUGCCAUUUUAAUCAAUUUAUCAAAUUUCAGCAGCCCUAGACGGUGAAGAGUUCGACAACGAUGGCAAACUGGUCAAUCUCCUCUACACAGCCUCAAAUCGACUGGAAAAACUGAACAACGCCCAAGUCCAAGAACAAUGUCAACAACCUCUGCCAGGCUCCUCAUCCUCACUUCAAGACCAAUAUCAGGACUGCCCAUCGACCAGUGCCGGCCUCAUUUCGACCUCGGCUUCGGCUCCAGACCUUCAGAGCACGAUGAAACGUCACAUGGAAGGCUCGAUCUCAUCUGAUUCUAGUCAAAGCUCAUCGAACUCGUCCCAGGAAUCGUCGCGGCGUAGCUCGAUGAGGAAGAAACCACAUUGGGAUGGAUAG